AUGAAUUUGCUUUCCAUUCUGUGUGGUGAUUCCUCAAAACUGAUAAGUAUUUGGAUCUUGUUCGCUUCUGUCACUACAUCUGGAGUACAUGUUGAAGAAAGCGGCACCAGUUCUGAGGAGUGUGAAGAAAUAACAAUCUCCAUGUGUAAAGAUGUAGGAUAUAACUACACCUCCAUGCCUAAUCAGUUCUAUCAUGACACCCAGGAAGAAGCCGGUCUAGAAGCACACCAAUUCUGGCCUUUGGUUGAGAUUCAAUGCUCUGGAGAUCUAUUGUUUUUCCUCUGUUCAGUUUACACUCCUAUAUGCAUGCCGGAUUACUCUGGUUCUAUCCCAGCCUGUCGAUCCGUCUGUGAGCGUGCUCGAACUGGUUGUGCACCAAUUAUGCAACAGUACGGCUUUACGUGGCCCGAAAGACUUGACUGUCAUAAUUUUCCAAAAUACAAUGAUCCUAGUAAUCUCUGUAUGGGUGAACAGGAAGGAAAAAGUCCAAAGCGCCCGAUUUUUGCAAUUAAAGAUGAAAACUCAAUUGGAAUGACUCAGGAACCGUUAAAAGAUGAUACAACAGUGCAACUAAAUAGAAAUCCUAAAUUCAACAUAGAUUUUGAAGUUCCAGAAACCACUUAUAACCCGCAAUUGAAUCACAAGUGUGGAUGCAUGUGUCGUUACCCGAUGGUAAGCGUGACCGACAAUGAAAAUAAAAAGUACUACAACAAGGUAGAAACAGGUGGCGUUGUGAAUUGUGCAAUAGCCUGUCGUGGUAAUUUUUAUUCCAUUGAUGAACAUAAAUUUGCUAACCUAUGGCUUGGACUGUGGGCUGUGUUAUGUUGCCUGUCUACAAGCAUAACAGUUACUACCUUCUUAAUUGACGUCAAGCGUUUUCGAUACCCUGAGCGUCCAAUUAUCUUCUUAUCCGGUUGCUAUCUGAUGGUUUCAAUUGGUUACUUGAUUCGCAUUGGGGUGGGGCAUGAUGCAGUUGCCUGUGAUGGUCCUAUUAUUGUUUAUCCGAGCUCUGAAAGAUCAGCCACUUGCACAAUUGUGUUCCUUUUGGUGUAUUUUUUUGGUAUGGCUAGCUCUCUUUGGUGGGUUAUGCUGGCACUAACUUGGCUUCUAGCCGCAGGACUGAAGUGGGGAAACGAAGCGAUAACCCGUUAUUCUUCAUAUUUCCACGUUGUUGCCUGGACAAUGCCGGCUGUUAAGACAAUUUCUGUUCUAGCCCUGGAUGGAAUUGACGGAGACCCUGUAUCUGGUAUCUGUUACGUAGGAAAUCAAGACUUGUCUUUUCUCCGAGGUUUCGUAAUAGCACCACUGUGUGUGUACCUUUUUCUGGGAACGUGUUUCUUGUUGGCCGGAUUUGUAGAGUUAUUUCGAAUUCGAAAUGUCAUACGACAACAAUCCGAAGACAAGGUAGACAAACUGGAGAAGUUGAUGAUUCGAAUUGGUGUGUUUUCGGUUUUGUAUACAGUUCCAGCCACGGUGGUAAUCGGAUGUUACGUUUAUGAACAACACUUCCGGGAAGCCUGGGAACAAAAACAUAACUGCCCUUGCAAUGCCCCUGACAUAAAACCGGACUACUCGAUCUUCAUGCUCAAGUACUUCAUGUGUUUGGUGGUCGGGAUUACAUCCGGAUUCUGGAUUUGGUCCGGGAAAACUCUGGAUUCCUGGAGGAAGUUUCUGAGAAAAUUUUGUCGAAUAAAAUCUCAGGAGAGACAUAAUGGCUACACCUUUAGACAAGAUAACUUACCUAACCAAGUUGAGCAGGUCUUGUCCUCCAAAAAUAAGCAGGCUCCUGUGGCAAAUGUCUGA